CCACCAGCGACGGACAAAAGUGUGAGUGACCUGGCCGGAAAUAACAGAACACGUCCCCCUGCUGACGACGAUAUUAGCUCGGGGUCUGUUUUCCGUCUUUCCAGGGGUUGAUUUCCGUGUCUCCAGCCGGCAGACCCAUGAGGGCAGUGUGGCUUUUGGUUUUGGGCUUGGCGGCCGUUUUGGGCCAGAAAAGCCAAUCGAGCACCGAUUUCCUGACGCCGGCCGACCGGCUGCGGCUCAAAAGCUCGCUGCAGUCCGCCCUCGACUCCAACGACAUCACCGCUGUCCACUAUGCGGUACUCGGCCUAAACCUGCUCAAGGAGAAGGUCGCCAAGACUGAGGAUAUUUGUAAACUUGCCUUGAGUGCUGCGACAGCCAGCGGUCCGAAUUCGUCGCCAGUGCUGUACCAUGUGGUGGACACCUGGAAGCUGCUUGGAAACUGCCAGGGCAGCCUGCCUUCAAACAUUGCCAAAGAUCUGAGUUCUGCCCUUGAGAGCGAUGAGACGAGCAUUCCCAACCUUUACUUCGCCUACCAGGGCCUGGUCAGCCUGGGCCAGACGCCCAAGGAUGUGAGCAAGCUUGCCAAAAAUCUGCAGGCUGCUAUUAAGAAGGACGACAGUCUGCUCAAUCUGGGAUACCUCUUCCAUUUGGCUGCUUUGCUUGGAAACAACGGCAAAUUUGCUUUUGACAGGAUUGAGGAUGCCAUUGUCCAGGCUGACGAGGUUGACGGAAAAAUUCUCCAGUUCGAAGGCGGCAUCAGCAUUACAGCUUUGUUGGUGAGUGGAGCUUACAAGUUGGCGGCCGCAAAUGACAAGAAGCCGCCGAUCAGUGGUGACCAAGUGACCAAAUUCGCCAACUUCUUCAUCAGCCGCAAAUCCGUGCAGUCUCCAAAGGGCGUUUACAGUCUCCUUGAAGUGCUGCAAACUCUCACCAGCAACAAGUUCCACCAGCCUGCUGUGGUGACCCUGGCCAGCUCGUCCGCCCUGACGGCCGCCGCACCGCAGGUUUCAGUCAGGGUGAGCGACCUGCUUGGUCGCUCCCUUGGCCCGAUGUCCGUGACCCUGGACACCGCCACCCGACUUGCUGACGGCGUCGUCGAAAUGGCUAAAGUCAACCUGGCCGCUCAGCAAGGAGACAGCACGCUGUACACCCUGGACCUGACCAGCGCCAAGGGCAAGCGAGGCUUCUACAACCUGGCAUUAAGCCUGAAGCCAAGCAAACCCGACGAGAAGCUGGUUGGCCUGUCCGGAGCGCAGAUCCAGGUCAAAAUCCUUGGUGAAGUGUCGGUUGAUGUCGCUGAAAUCGGGACUGCAGACGCUGACCAGACCACUGCUCCGAAACUAAACAAGGUGAACUACCCUUCUAAGGCGACAUUCGCCAUAGACGCCGACUGGCACCAGCGACUCGUGAUGAAAUUCACGCUGAAGGACAAGUUGAGCAAGGAGCCGAUCGCCGUGCACCAGGCCUUUGUCAAGCUGGUCAACGUGGCAACCGACAACGAGGUCAUCUUUGUCGCCGAGCCAGACUCAGGAAAGUCUUACCGCUUCGACCUGGACGUGGGCGCGCGCGCCUCCGACUUCCAACACCAGUCGGGCAAGUACAGGCUCGAGCUGCUCGUCGGUGACGCCGUCCUCGCGAACUCGUUCUCCUGGCAGGUGGCCGAGGCCUCUCUCACCUUCGCCCCCGCCGCUUCUGCCCCCGAACUCGACUUCCACAAAGUGUACAAGCCCAAGCCGGAAAUCAAGCACUUAUUCCGUGAACCAGAGAAAAGGCCACCGGCGACGGUGUCCACGCUGUUCACAGGCCUCAUUUGCGUUCCUCUGCUUUUGCUACUUAUCCUGUGGGCGAGGAUUGGCGUGAACAUUUCCAACUUCCCGCUAUCGCUGUACGCUGUUGGUUUCCACCUGGGCCUGGGUGGCAUCUUCGGCCUCUUCGGUAUCUUCUGGCUUCAGCUGAACAUGUUCCAGACGCUCAAGUACCUCUUGGGCAUCGGCACAGUCACCUUCCUCUGCGGCAACAAAAUGCUGGCCAAGCUGGCGCAAAAUCGACGCCAGCGCUGAAACGGCGCGGUUGCAUGGAAAUUGAGCAAAUUGUAAUAAAAAAGUGUGUGCCGAGCGAGUGCGUGAGCGUGUGACGUUCGUUUUUGUUAUUCGUGCUGAGUCGGGUGUUGAAACAAACGUUUUGUAAAGACAUUCCCUGAAUAAAAAUUUUAUUUAAAA